UCAUAUGCUUUUGCUUGAGGUUGGUAGUUGAUAUGUCAUUAAUUUGGUUCUUAUUUUCAUUGGUGUGUACAAAAGCAAUAGUGGUCGUCGGAAAACCCCGGGGCAUGACAUUGAAUAAUACAGUUUUUGAAUUUCAACGGGAAAAUAAUAGUUCGUACUCAAUUCCAGCAAGGAGUAAUGAGGAUGACUUUGUAAAACCUGUUAAAACGCAUCCUGCAGUACCAUUAUUUUUUAAUGAGAGCUCAAGAUCUCAAGAAAAUGUCGAACUGGUAUUAAAAAUGAAGCCUCGUGUUCCGAUUAAUUCUUCGGGAAAACGAAAAAGGGACCGCUGGAUUCAUACCACGCCACCGAAAUUGUUUUUAAAAUCAGUUGCAUCGAAAAGCUUUGUCAAGCAUGGAUCAUUCAAGAGUAACGUUGGAUCAAUAUCGAGGGCCGAAAAAAAAUCUUUUCUGCCCCUAAUGAAAAAUAGAACGUGGUCGAAGCUUUCUAGGCUAGGUGACACGAGACAUGAUCAUUUUGUGAGAAAAAUCAUGAAUAAAAGAUCUUACGGAAUCCCGAACAGCAAAACAGAUUCGGAUCGAACGCUACCGAGCAAUUUAAAGAAGAUAUCAAACUCUUACAAAGACUCCCAGACAACCAUCGCCAACAGACAACAAACGCUCAUUAAUAAUUUAGAAAAUCCGGUACGAGAUGAAAUGUCUACCCACGAACAUACGUCCAGUUUCACUAAACUAUAUGAAAAAUUUCAAAUAUUCACAUCACAUUCAGAUCAACCUAUAUCAACGAAUGGAACCAAUGUUAAGAAGAAAAAUAUACAAAAACAAAUAACUACAAGGAAUAUCUUGGAAGUUAUAACCGAUUCAGCUCAAAACGGGUUGAUGACGUUCAAGUAUAAUAUUUCAGAGGCAAUGAGAAGUAAACUUAACAGAUCAAGAUAUCUAUUCGAUUCAGAAAUUGUGCCGUACUACGAUUCCGGAAAGAGCGUAUUUGUAAACCCUAAAAUAUCUGAGAUAAUUGCAAACCAUCCAUCUAAGGAAUUAGAUAUAAAAAGCUUAAAAAAAUUUAAACCACUUAUGGCAGAUUACGAAUAUACGUCUCUACAAAACGCUGACGAAGAACAUUAUGAAGAUUUCGAUUGGUACCAAACUGACGAUUUGUAUGAGCCAUUAUCCAAUCAAACUGAGUUCAGCAAAAACAACAUAGUAGAUGAGAAAUCGACUGUUUCAACGUUGAGUAAUAUGGGUUAUUGUACUUCCCAAGACAUUGCACCAAUAAAAGACAGCGGUGAUAAAGAUAAACAAAUAAUGGUGUUAGGUGUCCAACACACCCCAUACCCUGGUUAUGAUAAUCAGUUCACAACAAACACUUACCCAAAACUGCCAACAACAGAAAACAAAUACAUAAAUAUGGUUACUGAGCAGGUUACACUCCCACUUCCAGCAGAGAAACUCACACCAUACAAUUUUGAAUCGAUCGAACGGGAAAUAGAUCAGCAGCUAGCAACCGAUUCAGUGAGUGACGAACUUCUGUUUACAAUGAUUUUUCCCAACACAGAACAAAAACUAACUUCGACAGAAAUACUCAAUUGGCGAACGUGGGAAAAAAGAAUCAAUGAACUAAAUGGUCUUGGCUUAAGACAAAGGAAUAUAAAAAAUGAACCAGACCUCACCCCAGCAAUAGAUUUGAUAAGCGAUGAAGAAGCAGUUUGGCCCCGCUGGCAAGUACUCGAUCCUAGAGAUUUCACACCCUGGAACGAACUUUCCCAUAUUAAUCUAACUGAAAAAACAGGUCCAAUCAAGUUGAACUCUUCGACUAUAAAAAAUCUGCGUUCGGAUGUUUCAAUGAAUCCAGAAUUAACCACUAAAAGUUUGUAUUCGUUGGCAUCUUCGUCAACUAAUUCUCAACUUGAAUCACCAUUAACAAGCCAUUUACCUAUAUUAAGAAAAUUGCAUAUAUUGCAACGGAAUACAAGAUUAAGUGUUUCAAGAUCACCUAUACCUUGUAGUUCCAUAAAUUCUUCUAAGACUACGCCGGAUUUUCUUAUAGAAAAAAUAUUUCCAGGUGAUUACGAUAUUGCCUUGGAUCCCGAAUUAACAACCGGAACGUAUUCAAAUUCUCAGGCAUCCGAGUUGACUGAUAGUUCAAUACCGGAAUCAUCCACACGAGACAGUCUUCCUUCUUUUUUAACCAAUACCACGACUCCUCAAUCUGAAUUUCUUUUAGAAACCAGUCUACCUGAAUUAAGAAAGUUGCCAGAAUAUCGCCGAAUCAUGAUAUCAACUGUCUGCAGAGGAAGUCCACCUCACAGCUCCAUCAGUUCUCUCCAGACCAUAUUGCCCAAUGAAGGAACUAUGUCCACGACGGUUUCAGCAGAUUUGGAUUGUAUAUCACUUUCAAACAAACAGGAUACUUCACCAAGCGACAAAUUUCUGUUCAGAUCGAGCACUUUUUCGAAACUCAUCCAUAAAGAUCCCUUUGAAACGAAUAUUACUUCUUUCAAUAUGGAAUCUACUAAUAAUCUGAAACUUCAGAAACCUUUUAAAUCUUGUAAUUGUUUCACUACAAAGUCAUACCUGUUUUCACAUGCUAAAGAUAUUCUUGAAAUGAGUUCUACGCCUUUGCCAUUCGUUAUUCCUAAAUUUAGAAGAUAUACCAUAAUUACGGGAUACACAGUCCCUAGAAUACGGGCACACCGCUGGACCUUUCAGCUUUUUAAGACCAUAUUGCCUACUAAAAAAAUAAUUCACACGACAGUUUUACCAGUUUUUACACUAAAAUCCCGAACAGAUGUAGAGAGAACUUCACCAUCGCCAGAAUUGCCUACUAAAAAAAUAAUUCACACGACAGUUUUACCUGUUUUUACACAAAAAUCCCGCACAGAGGUAGAGAGAACUUCACCAUCGCCAGAAUUGCCUACUAAAAAAAUAAUUCACACGACAGUUUUACCUGUUUUUACACAAAAAUCCCGCACAGAGGUAGAGAGAACUUCACCAUCGCCAGAAUUUCAUACUAAUACAUAUUCUGAAAGCACUUUGCCAUAUAUUACAACGGAAUCGAAUACAUUUUCGAUAUUAGAAGAUAUUUCAGAAUUGAAUUAUACUCCUUUGGAAAUAGAUCCUACUAGUUCUUCGGAAAGUGAAAUCGAACUAUCAACUGAAAGGGGAAGAGAGAGCAGCACAAUUAAUUCACUUUCUUCGGAAUAUUGGCCAAAAGUUAGUGGUGGUAAUAUAAAGGUUCCACAUGGGCAAAUAUUAAUAUGGGAAACAGAAAGAUUGGAAAGAGGUGGUUAUGGUAUUGAAAUCACCGAUCUUUAUACAGAAGAUGAUGUUCACCAAAAUAUUAGCCGUGCACCAAAAGUUGGCAAGAUACGUCCGCGAUCUUCCACGGCGCGACCAAAAGUGCCCUCCACUCUUCUCAUCUUCAUCAAUUUGAUGUGGAUCUACUGCUGGUGAAAGCGAUGCAUCAUUAAGAAUAAAUUUUCAAUAAAAUGUAUUUCAUUUAUUUUAUUCGUUUAUUUAUAUAUUA